AUUUGUAUUGAAUAAAAUUCUUUAUUGGUUAAAAAGUAGCAGGUCCUGCCGUUUCUUUUAUUGGGUAGGUCCAAAUUUAUUCUUUAAUAAUGCUGACAGAGUUUACCUCUAAGCUCUAUUCGAGAGUGCUCGAGACCGUUAUCACUCAAGAGUCUCCUCGAAGUCGCCUCUACUUUGAAGAGCAAAGUAAACUUCCUCUGUUUGGCGAUACUAAUGGACCAUAUGCUGUAAAAGAAUCGUAUCUGCAAUUGAUACGGUCCACCUUUGACUGGUCACCCUUUUGACAAGAAGACUCCAUCGCAGGAAGAUGGUCUUCCUAAUAGUGGAUGUUCAGUGGAACCUGUAUUUGGAACUUCCACCUGGGAGCACCGAGAAGAAUUACUCAUGGCAAGACAUCGACACCACAAAGUAUCGGUUCCCUUCGGAUAUUUGGAUCAUCAGACCAACCUGGGAGAUCAUCGUCAAAGUCAUGACCAUCCUCCCAGUGUUCGUCGUCGGUGUCCUGGCUAACAGCAGUCUGAUCCGAGUGAUCCUGGGAAAUAAAUUACUCCGUACCACCACCAAUCUUUUCAUCGCAAACAUGGCCAUAGCUGAUCUUGGGACGUGCAUGUUGUGUCCUUGGAUGUUUCUCUGCGUUGACUUCUUCCAGAAUUACAUGCUAGGCUCUGUUGGUUGUCGCCUCGAUGGACUCCUUCUUCAAGCCUUGACUCUCGUUGCUGUUUUCAGCCUGAGUGCUGUCAGCUACGAUAGAGUUACCAGCAUAGUCCUCCAGUGGUCCGGAAAGUUGACUUGCAGAACUGUGAAAAUAUUACUAGUCUUUACGUGGAUCGCUGGACUGGUCUUGGCAGCUCCGCUGGCACUUUUCAGGAGAUACGAAGAGAGACAAUGGAUGGAUCACUUGGAGAUGUUCUGUACCGAGGACACCAAAAUACUCUAUUCAUACUGGCACGUUUUUGUUUGCUUCAGUGUUUGGGUACCUUUGGCCAUCAUGGCUGUUUGCUACUCCGCUAUUCUUAUUAAGCUUGGACGCUAUGAGUCGCAGGCCCUGAAAAGUAAGCAUCCCAUUGUAGUCCGCUACAAAGGGCGAGUUGCUCGAGUACUGGCACUUGUAGUGCUUUCCUUCAUAAUGUUUCGAGUUCCAUUCACUGCAAUGGUAUUGCGAAGGGCUCAAUUACUGCAGAAACCUGCAAAGCUCGGUCAAGCAGAGUCUAUGUAUCUCUUGUGGUAUAUCAGCAGAUAUUUAGUUAUGGUGAACGCAGCUUUGAACCCACUUUUGUACGGCUGUACAAGUGGUUCCCUGAGGAGAGCCCUAGCCACGUGUUCUGGAAUUUCUUGGAUUUUUCCCCGAGAAAAGGAAAAUCUUUCUAAGCCUGGCAGCAUCUCUCCGAAUACGUCAGCUUGUCUGGACAGCCUGAGACCUCGAUCGCCUUGUAUUCGUUUUGGUCAACAUCGAGACACCAUACCGACUCUUUCUUCGAGAGUGAUACACCUAAACUCUGGACCAAAGUUUUGAGUGAACUCUACUUCAUAAA